GCAUCUCCAACAAUGCCCAAGACUAGGGAAGAUUUAACAUCAUUAAUCGACUCAUUCGAAGAAGCUACCCAGUACUGGAUAUCAACAAUCUCUGAUCCAGCUUCCAUAUCCAAAAUCCAAGCUGCACAAGUGCCUGAUCCAAUCAAUGAAUUACUCAAACUGAUCAAACUUUUGAAAGCCCAUACCACCAAAACAGGAAUCAUUUUCAAACCAGAAAACUUGAAGAAGGAGCUUGAUACUGCUUUUAAUACCCUCCUGAAACUUUCUGAGACUUUGAUAUUGACGAUUUCUAUCAUCAGUCAGCUCGAUGUAUCUUCGAUUUCUAAAUUAUUCCACAAUGAGAUCAUUAAUCAAGUGAAGCAAUUGCUUGAAUCAAAUCAUAUGUUUUCUAAGGAAUUGAAGUUAAUAUUCGAAGAUAUUGAUAAUGAUGUGGAAAAAGAAUUGAAAAAGGACGAAAUGGACGGGCGAUUGUUGGCAGUGGCUAAAAUCUGGUCCAAUUGUGACUCACUUGUGAAAUUAAUAGAGAAUGGGAGUUUGUCUUUGCUUACCGAUAAGAUCAAGCAGAGUAUACUUCUCUUGGAAGAUGGAUUUGAAGAUUUUGAAGAAUGGGCCGAAAAUCCAGAAGAAAUCGACGAUGAUCCGUUCGGAUUUAGUGAUGACGAAGAUGAAGAAAACAGCGAGGAACCUCCAGCAGACAAUGAAGAUGAAGAGGAGUCCGUGGAAGUUGAUAGAGAAGAGUUAAUCACAUAUGCCAAGAAAUGGCUUAAAAAGAUCGAGUUGAUCAAACUUUUAAUUGCUUCAUUCAAGAAGUCUUUGCCUAAAACUACUCCAGGAGAAUCAAUAGAUACGAUAUAUGCCAUGCAAACAAGGUUGGUGAGUUUGGUGGAUAAAUUUAUUGUCGAUUUAAUGCUUGAUAGAACUAUAGACAAGGAGAUUGAACUGUAUACUACAUCAUUGAAUAAGGAGUCCAUUAAAUUGGCCCAUAUAGCGCGUGAUCUUCAUAAGGACAAAAAGGCAAGUUGGUAUCAAACAUGGGAAACCAAGUACAAUAGUAUCUAGUAGUAUAUAAAGAAAUAAAUUUAGAAAGUACUAAAGUUUACCGAGUCAUUUAGUUAAACCCAAAUAUUUGGCAUGGUGUUUAGCAUGUUCUUCAACAAAGGAAGAAAUGAAAAAGUACAGAUGAUCAUACCCUUCCACCAAAUUCAAAUCAACACCACCUUUAUAUCCAACUUCCUUGGAAGCAGCAACAAAGUUUUCUGGUUUCAACUGACCUUCAUAAAAGUCAUCACUGAGCCCCUGAUGAAUCAAAAUUGAAGGUUGGUUUUCAUGAGUAUACUUCUUGAUCAAAUGAGUUGGGUCAUACUUGUACCAGUCAUCCUUAUUAGCUCCCAAGUAGUUUCCAAAAUUCUUUUCACCCCAUGGAACAACCGAAGGAUUUGAAAUUGGGGCAAAUGCACUCACUGAUUUAUAUUUCCCUGGUUGAGACAAGAAUCCAGUAAGAGCACCCAUUCCACCCAUUGAAUGACCAGUUAUCCCAAUAUUAGUAAAAUCCAAUUGUUUAAAUUCUUUAGCCAACUCAGUUAAAAGUUCCUUAUGGACAUAUGAGUACAUGUUGUAAUUACGAUUCCAUGGAUCUUGUGUAGCAUCAACGUAAAAACCAGCACCACUACCAAAGUCAUAUGAGUCGUCUUCACCGGCAAUGUUGGCACCACGAGGUGAAGUAUCAGGGAACACUAAGGCAAAGCCAUAUUUACUUGCAAAGUAUUGGAAGAAGGACUUUUCAGUGGCAUUGUUAGGGGUACAUGUCAAUCCUGAAAGAUAAACCAAUACUGGGAUCUUAUCUCCAGAAGAUGGGAUGAAUACAUUCACAUCCAUUGGAGUGUGUGUUGUGGUUGAAUCAUGGGAUAAUUUCAAUAAUUUCCCUCCAAAUUGGGUAAUAGUUGCACUAGUCUUGAAUGUCAUGGCUUGCUACAGAAGAAACAAUUUACAUGAAGAAUUCGAAAUCCCCAGCUUUAUUUAUAAAUCCUGAAAAAAAAAAGAUUGUUAGCGGAAAUAAAAAAAAAAUGAGCAAUCUGGGAACCGCAUGCCUAAUGCGGAAAACCGAUGCGAACUUAAUAACUAGCCUUUCCUCGUGGUUCAUAAGGAAAGAAGAUUGAUAGCAACCCAGCAAAUAUAAAUAAAGCUCCAGAUACAAAUAUAGGUGCAGAUGUAGUUAAAUCAGCAUAUAUAGCAAUUAUAGGUGCAAAAACACCCAAAACACGGUUGAACGAAGCCGCCAAUCCAACCGCAGUACCUCUUAUCUUCGAGAAGAAUACUUCUGGAGUGUAUGCAUAUAAUACGCCAUACAUUAUAUUGGACACAAACGAAAACAUACAAUUCCAUCCUAAAUUAGCGUUACUUGUUUUAGCUGUGGUUGAUCCAAAGAGGAAAAUUCCCGUGAGUAUUAACGAAAGAAAAAGAGUCCCCUUUCUUCCGAUUCUAAGCUCGACAAGAAAACCCGCUAUCAAUGCACCUGGAACUCCUAACACGGAUACAAUCAAUGUGUUUCUAUAAGUUUCACGUACCGAUAAAGGUUGGUUGGCAUUACCCCUUGUUUCUAAAUAAUACGGCAAGAAUGCGUUAUACAAUGGAAACGCAAGUCCAAUUAUUCCCCAUGUAAAUAUCACUAGGGCCGAAGAUAUAGCCAAUUUCUUAGAGGCAAAACAUUGACGGAUAUGUGAAAGAUUAUACUUCUUCAACUUCUCUUCCACAAGCUUAUUCUUAGGUUUGUUAGAUUUGGUAGUGUCCUCAUUACUAAAUCUAAUAUCUAUUUCUUGCAAAUCAGCCAAUGUAAUCGGACACGUCUUGCCAUUAAUUUUUGCAAUUUUUUCCAAUGUAUGAAUAGCCUUUUCAUCAUUACCCCUAGCCACGUAAUAUCGUGGUGAUUCCAACACAUUGAAUGCAAACCUUGCAAUGAACAUACAUAUAGUCAAACCGCCCAUUGUAAACAAGAAAUAUCUCCAUCCCUUAUUAUCAGCUUUAUGACAAAUGGUUGCAUCGCUAGCACAAGAAAAAUUCGCAAUCAAACCCCAUGAAAUUAAAUUCGCAAUAAUUUGCCCAAUGGCCCACCAAACAGACAUUACCGUCAAUAACCACUGAUGUGAUUUUGGAAGUGCUUCCAAAAAUAUUGCUGAAUCGACAGGCAAAUUACCACCUACUCCAAAACUCCAAAAUGAACAGAAUACCCCUAGUGCCGCGAAAUUGGGGGAUGAUCCCGCAACAACAGCCCAAAUUCCGGUGAUCAAAAACGUUAAAUUAAAUGCCCAUCUACGGCCAAUUAUAUCAGAAGAAAGUGACCAUAUUAGAGCUCCCAUAAGUAGACCUAGAUUCUGAGCCAAUGUCAAAUAAGGGGCUUUUCCUAUAGGUGCAUGCACACCAUCAACUUCGUUUAGACGAGGUAUGAUUAAGCCAGUAGCAAUUGGCCACGCGUUAUCGGAAAGCCACCCAAACCCAGCGACAAAGAACAAGCCAAUUUGAUAUUUACCAAAUCCUAUUUCUUGAAUCGCUAAAGCAACUAGUUUAGAUUUAGCCAAGUAGGCUUUGUCUGCAUCAUGUUCAUCAAAUAGCUCUCCUUCAAAUGUCGCUACUUCUGAUAUUGAUUCCGCAAUUUCAGCCUGUUUCUGUUUGUCUGGAGUGGUCAUGACGCAGAUAGAUGAAUAUUGCAAUAAUAGUAAAGUGAAUUCUUAAUUAUAAGUGAAAAGAAUCAUGUGUAAAAAAAAAUAUGUGGGGAGUUAUUGCCAUCUUAUAUUUUUGACUUUUUAUACUAUGAUGUAAAUAGCAACUAACGUU